AUGAGAAUUGAAAACGUUAGUCCCGACAUUGCAAGAAUUUAUUUCGUCGACGAUGGCAUGCCGGUUCCAAACAAUAUUGCUGUAAAAGAAACCACGAGAGACGUCGCUUUAAGAAUUGCAGCAAUGGGUCGUGGAUGUUUUCCAAUCACUUGUAAUAGUAUUCCUGUCAAAGCUUUAGUUCAAUUAACUCAAGUCUUUCAAAAUGAACAAGAAGAGGUUGCAACUCCACCUUAA